AUGGACUCAUCAUCAACUAUGUUACAUGUCAGUAUCAAUGCUAUUGUUCCUCUAGAUAUAAAGGAAAUAUUUCUCUCUCACUGGACAUACUGGUCCAAUUGUGCUCCAUACUUUUUUGCUGGUAUCUACUUGAUCACCCUAUCAGUUGUCUUUGGAAUCUUUAAACAAUGUCAAUCAAUACCUCCCUACACAUUGAUUUUCCUAGCUCUAUCCAAACAAUUACAUUCUAUCUCUGUACUAAGGCUCUUUGAUGAUGGGAUAAAAAUGUCAGUGUUUUAUUGUGAUAUGGUUCAGUCUUGCUUUGUUCAUCGAAAUGAAUCUGUUGAGUUUGAUCCAGUAUUCUUCUGUCAAUGGACUGUCAACUGGCAUAUGUUAUUGGAAUCCAAUUUUCUAUCUCAAGGAUUUGCUUAUACCAUGCUUACAGCCACUCACGUCUCAUUACUAGGGCUUUUUGCCUGGACAAGAUGGUGUAGAGCGUAUGCGUCCCGUAGAGUCACCCCUGAUUAUACAGUUAAGCUUUGCUUUACCUCUAAUCUGAUUGGGAUGGUGUGCGCACGCACAUUGCAUUACCAAUUCUAUUCAUGGUAUGCACAUCAAAUUGUCUACCUGUUGUGGCAAACUUCAUACCCUCUUUGGAUCAGUCUCUUGGAACAUUUAUCCCGCAACAGCUUUAUCAUCAUCUUUACAAAAUCUAAGAUCAAAUGA